CGGCCCCCGGCGUUCCAGGACGCGCAGCCAGCUGCUCGGCGGAGGCGGUGGUCGCCAUCUUAGGGAGGUGGGCGCGCUCUAGCCAGCCGGGCGAUCGAUCGGCCCCCAGGAGGCUCCCGGGCGCGAGACCGGCCGGCAGACCAUCAGUCCAUCUGUCCGUCCGCGCGACCGUCCGGCAGGGGCCCGUGGCGAGAGGGGGGCGGGGUCUGGCUGGCAGUGGCAGCGACGGCAGCGGCAUCUUCCCGGCCCCGCCCCCGGCCUUGGUUCCCGGCUCCGCCCCUGGUCCCGCCCCUAGCCCCGGCCCCGGCCCGCCGCCCAGCGGGGGACACCCCGGGCGGGCGCCGGGCAGCAAGGCACCAUGUCGGGCCAGUCUUUCACCGACCGGAUCACGGCCGCGCAGCACAGCGUCACGGGCUCGGCCGUGGCCAAAGCCGUCUGCAAGGCGAGCACCCACGAAAUGAUGGGGCCCAAGCAGAAACACCUGGACUACCUAAUUCAUUGCACUAACGAGCUGAACAUGAGUAUACCACAGCUGGCCGACACACUUCUGGAGCGCACAGUCAACAGCAGCUGGAUAGUUGUUUUCAAGGCUCUGAUCACAACCCACCAUCUCAUGAUGUAUGGCAACGAGCGUUUCAUGCAGUACCUUGCCUCACGAAACAGUCUGUUCAAUUUAAGCAACUUCCUGGAUAAAAGCGUCAUACAGGGCUAUGACAUGUCCACCUUCAUCAGGCGAUACAGCAGAUACUUGAAUGAAAAAGCCCUUUCCUACAGACUGGUAGCAGUUGACUUCACCAAAAUGAAGAGAGGGCCUGAUGGAGUCAUGAGGACUAUGGGUACUGACAAGCUCCUGAAAACCCUCCCGGUUAUUCAGAACCAGCUGGAUGUUCUGCUUGAUUUUGAUGCACAUCCCAAUGAACUCACAAAUGGUGUCAUCAGUUCAGCCUUCAUGCACCUAUUUAAGGAUUCCAUUAGGCUGUUUGCAGCCUACAAUGAAGGGAUUAUUAACCUGCUUGAAAAGUAUUUUGACAUGAAGAAGAACCAAUGCAAAGAAGGGCUAGAGAGUUACAAGAAGUUCCUGGCAAGAAUGGCCAAAUUAUCGGAGUUCCUGAAAGUUGCCGAGCAAGUUGGGAUUGACCAGGCUGAUAUUCCCGAUCUCACUCAGGCCCCAAGUAGCCUGUUUGAAGCACUGGAACAACACGUGGCUUCUUUGGAAGGUCGCAAGACCAAGGAACUUUUGGCAGCUUACAGAGCAAACAACCUGUCGAAUGCUGUAUCCACGCUUAGCAGCACUGAGAAGGCUCAUAGCGGAGUGGCUGAGAAGCAGAAGAAACAGACUUUGGAUGAGGAGCCAGUGGAAGUGCAGUGUUUGAAGGAAAGAUGUUUAAAAGAAAUUCCAUCCAUGACUAAUUCUGCCUCUGCAUCCGAGUCUCCCGGGAUGAUAGGGAAAAACACCGCUGCUUCUCCCUCUGCUGAUACUUUUGCCCCCAUCUUGCCUCCAUCCACCAGAUCCUACGUGAAAUGUUUCUUAACAGUUAAGAAUAAAGCUCCAAAAGAGUCAAGCUAUUUCCGAGCAUCCAUGUCUGCUUCAAGUCUGACCAAGGUUUCUGGAGAUCUAUUUAAUCUUCAGCCAGCCUUUGUUUUCAACUCACGGAACGCUGGCACUACUUCGAAGAUGUCCCCAAGCCAAACGUGGGAAAAUGAGCUCCCUCUGCCAGCUAUUCCAGUCUCUGCUCCUUCAGAAAUUCUUAUGGAUUUCGACUCAGUGUUUGGAACAAAAUCACUGGAUUUAGAGAGUCAAGCAGCAGAUGGUGAGUUUGAGCCAAAGCCUCUUCCGGAUGAUGCCUCCAAUCUAUCUGGGAAAACCCAAUGCCCGAGAGACAUGCUGCCUGUGUCCUGGUGGGAGGGAGAGGAGACAGAGGCUGAACUUCACAAGCGGUUGCAUGGUGUGCUCUUCUCGGCUUCAGCUUCAGUAAUGACAGAGGUGACAUCAUAUAGGAGACAGAAAGCUGGGCUGGAGGCCAGGAAGACGUCCUCUAAUACACACAUGAACACACAUACGACCACGUGCACAGGUCUGGACUUAGAUAGUGGUGCCACCCCACCAGCAUCAACUGCUCCAGAACACAAGGAGGCUGCCCUCAGUCAGCACAGCGGCUCCAUCCUCGGGAGCGACUUGGACACCUCCCUCGCCAACCUUAUGGGAAAUCUCGACUUUGGAACGAGCCCCAAAAAAUCUGACAUCCAGUGGAACCAGCCUCCUGAAAAGAAAAUGACGGGUGGAACAAACUGGCAGGUGAAGACAAGCACAUCAACCACUUGGAAUCCUGCCUCCAUCGCUUCUGUUCCACAAGUGAUGCCUGUCCCCAUGUCCUAUCCAAUGCCCACCCAUCCGCUACCUGUAUAUGGCAUGGUACAGACACCACUGGGAGCUGUCCCCCUCGUGACUUCCCAGCCUUUAAUUUAUGCACAGCCAGGCCUAACGACCACUAACCCUUUUGCUCCUGUCUCUGGACCCCAGGCCUUUGGUACCAAUUACACCAUUGUAUAAAACGGAGCUGCUCUCAUCACAUCAGGGACCUUCAGAGCCACUUCAUGUAGAGCUCCAAGGGCAGGAGAUAUGCUACAACUCACCAUGGGCACAAAGAAGAAGAAAUGAACAAUCGCCUUCUGGGUAGCAUAGGGUUAGAACCAGGGCAGUCUUUUCCAGUGUAAUAAAAACCGAAUAACAAUUCCAGUGAUCUUGAGAUUCUUAUUGAUCAUCAUAAUGGUGUGAAAUACAGUUUUUGAACUCAAGAAACCUUUCGAUGGCAAGUAAAGUCUUCAAGCUGGAAGGGGAAGGAGGAAGAAGCGGCUAAGGGGAGAAGGGGGAAGGAAAAUGGACAUUAUCCAUUUGUAAGUGAGCUGAGCAGAGACGGGGCAGAGAAUAUUAUAUUUGAUUUACACUGCUCCCAGGUUUUUCCUAGAGGGCACAGCCACAUACACUAAUUGAUCACAACUCCCUGAAGUAUGCACAUUGUUUAUGAAGAAUUGAUUCCAAACAUUUAAGGAGUUGCAGAAGCUGUUUUCUUAGGACAUUUCUUUACAACAAACCCUUAAGAUUGUCCCGAUUCUUUUAUUGUUUCACAAUUUUAUUACACCGGCCAUCUUCGAUUCCUGGACUUGGGGCCAGGGCCUUUGUUAUACAGAGAUUUCCCCCCUGUUUAUUUGUUGCAGUAGGUUUGGCUGAUUUGAACAGUUGGGUAGUUUUUAAAAUACAGUAUUAAUGAGCUUCAAACAUGGGGAAAUUAGGGUUUCCAUGCCAUUCAGCCUUAAAAUAUCAUUUUGCAUGCCACAUUAAAGUAAGAAAUUAUUUUUUUAAAAACUAAAUAAUGUAAAUAUAACCUUUGAAACACAUUAUCUCUGUAAUGCUAGUCUUAAAAAUAGUCUGUUAAGGAGUUCACACACCUUUUACACUGGACAGCACCUUUAAAUAAGAGUUUACUAAAUGUUAAUGCCACUACCUAUCUAGCCAGUUAUAUACAAAUGAGUUAGAAAGUUAAAUAAAAUUUAACCUUAAUUAAAAUGGCUAAUUAAUCAUGAUGUGGGCUACUUAGAUAAUAAAAAGUUUAACUGCGUUAAUA